GAAGAAAAACUCAUACGCUACAUUCACACGCAACAAACAGUGAUACACACUAUCCGCCCACUUAAGAAGAAACAACCAAAGAACCCCCAAUCAAAAAAAUUCAUUCGGUGAUUCGAAUUCUCCGCACAGAAAUUGAGAAAUUCUGAUUUUGAUUGUUGAGUUUGGUUUCUAGCAGGAAACUUCUAAGAAACUAGGGUUUUUUCUAAAGUUGGAGGGGGGUUAAUGGUGAGAUUGGGGGAAAAGAUAUAAAAAAAAUAAUCUAAAUCUGGCAAAUUUAGGAGGAUUUGGUUUGAGGGCACGGUCUUCAUUAAAACAAGAAGGUUGUAUUGGAGACGACGCAGAAGAGUGUAGACCUUGGCGUCGUAGAUUAUUAGGAUCAAUGGCGAUGUCUUGGUCUUCUAUUAUUAGGAUCUCUCUUCUUCUUGUUCUAUUGGUCGCCAUUACUACUGCUUGUCUUACUCUUCCCGUCGAAAAGAUUCUAAAGGAUUUCCUGUAUUGGAUUGAGCACAAUCUUGGGGCAUGGGGUCCACUUGUUUUGGCUGUUGCUUAUAUUCCGCUGACUGUUCUGGCUGUCCCAGCUUCAGUCCUCACUCUUGGGGGUGGGUAUCUCUUUGGGCUGCCAGUGGGAUUUGUUGCUGAUUCUCUUGGUGCCACUCUUGGUGCCACGGCUGCAUUUCUUCUUGGAAGAACCAUCGGAAGGUCAUACGUUAUUUCUAAGUUGAAGGACUACCCAAAAUUUCAGGCAGUUGCUAUUGCUAUUCAGAGAUCUGGAUUCAAGAUUGUUUUGCUUCUUCGGCUUGUUCCCCUGCUUCCGUUUAACAUGCUGAACUACCUCCUGUCUGUCACUCCAGUUAGUAUAUGGGAGUAUAUGUUGGCUUCCUGGCUGGGAAUGAUGCCGAUAACAUUUGCGCUGGUCUAUGUGGGGACAACACUAAAGGAUCUUUCUGAUGUGACACAUGGAUGGGGUGAAAUAACACCAACUCGCUGGGUUGUCAUUAUAGGUGGUUUUGUGAUAUCUGUGGUUCUAAUGGUGUGUGUCACCAAAGUGGCAAAAGCAUCUUUGGAAAAAGCCUUAGCUGAGAAUGAUACCGAGAUUGAAGGGAUGCUAGGCUCACAAAGUCUACCAAUUGUGGCAGACCCACAGUCAGAUCUCCACCAUCCUCUAAUAAUCAAAAUAGAUAAUCCAGAAGCAGACAAGCAUGAACAGUAAAUACUACAUAAAUCCCUCUGUAAAUUCUUCAUUUACCUUCUUUUUCUUAACUCUACCUGUUCUAGCUGUGAUUUUAUCAAAUCCAAAGGAAAAAAUGGAAAGAAAAAAAAAUGUAAUUUUUUUUAACACUAGCAUCUUGUGUGGCAUAAGGUAUUCACUGCCACUAUUAGAUAAUGUUGUAGUUCCAUCUUUUCCACACAUGUAAUUCUAGAAAAAUAUCACUUACUCAACAGGUAUUUAUGUGCUGUAUUUUUUGUUCUUUUCAAUAUACUCUUGUCCUCUCUA